AUGUCAUCUGUUAGCAGUGUUCUCAUACGCCGGGGCGCCGAGUUGAUUUCCGCUCGGCUUCGAGACCGUGGUCAGUCUCCAAUGCAUGUUCACUACACCUGCAUUGAUGUUAUUGCGACUCUGGCCGCCGUCGAAGACUCCAACCCGAAGACGUAUGUUCGCCUCGACAGCGAAGAUUCUCACGAUUCCUUCGACCCUAAUGAUCCCGAGGUCGCUGCUGCAUCAACCACUAAGCCAAUCGCUAGCGGGCUGCGCUCGGCCAUUAAGCACCUACGCGCCCGUGGCGGGUCGUGCUUCCGUGGAUUUCGUAUGUAUCUGGCCUUCACGGGGUUCGAUCUGGGCGCGGGUCUUCUAAUUCGAGGAAUUGUUGUUAUUCCGAUCCAUUCUGUCUCCGUUUCAAUUUUCAGUACAUUUUUGAAACAGUUCAUCGCUAGCAUGCCCUUCGCCACCUGGCAGAUGGCUUGGGUUCAUCUUGUGAUCGCCGAAAAAUCUCCUAGGAGCUCCUACCGGCGAAUGCUUGGCCUCCGGCAUUGGCCUAGAAUCGCCCCUGCGGCUGCUUUGUACAAUUUCCUAAUGUGUGCGGCCUCUCUGCCUAUAUCUGCUGCAGGGCCCGCUGGCUGGGUCGCCAUGAUGGCUGCCCCCUUUGAGGGAUAUAAAGGGCUUCUCCUUGUCCUAGCCAUUAACAUUCUCCCGGUUGUAUUUCUCAUAUUGGCUUCUGUUCCCGCCAGGGGGAUAUUCGCUCGUGUGGCUGCCUCUAUGCUGCCCGAGGAGGAUGACCCGAUCGUGCCCUUCGACCGCCUUUUUGGCGGCAAGGUGAAACCCGAAAUUGUGGGUGGUAGUGGCAAGCUCGGCCUCAGAGAUGCCUGGACCACCUUUGAUUGGCCUGCUCGCACUCGCUUUGUUAAGGUCAUCCUGAAGGCUCUUGCCAUUGAGGUUGCACUAUUUGUGGUUGGGAUGCUUCUAAUGCAGGGCGAGUUGGCUCUGAUCUAUCUACUAGCCGCUUAG